GCCGACAAAGUUGGGUCACACAGAUGGCAUGGUGCCUUUCUCCGCGCGCACGGAGAAAGCACGGAUGAGCAGGUGCAGUGCAGUAGGCUAUUUGCAUACAUCCCCUUUUGAGUUUGUUGAAUAUCAAAGUAGAGUGAGACAUAGUAGUGGGACCAAGGGAGUAACUCGUUUUUAUUUUUGUGUUUAAUGUAUACUGUAAUGCAUACGUAUAUAUACUAGGUCCAGGGGUCAAGUCGUCUCAUCUCGUAAAAAGUCGUCUCAUUGUAGUGUGCCCUUGCGGGCUUGCAUGUUUGCACAUGCGGAUUUUGUAUGUUGGUCUUGUUUUAAUUUAUUGUUUUUUUGAGGGUGUGCCUAUUGUGAUUUGCUUCUUGCAGCUUCAAGCGGCUCAGAUGGCAGUGGAGGAUCGAAAGCGACUCUGCUCAGACUCAAGCGUCUGUGUGAGAAGGCUACCUGUGAAGAGCUGUUGAAGGUCGAAGAGGAGUGAUCUUGAACAGCAAGGUCCAAAACCGCAGUGGCAAGACAGAAGGUGGACCUUGCAAGCUGUGUGGCGAGCCAUGGCCACCACAGAGCGGUGCUGCUCCUUGGCAUCUACCUUCUGGGAAGGACGGCAAAUGGUUGGCCAAAAGCGCUACGUGUGCAGCUUGCUUGUGGGCCUCACGCAACAACAAAAAGAGGUCUGAGUGGCCUCACUGGGUUGCUUUCAAGCAGGGCCGAUGGCCCGGAGAAGUGAGGAGCAUUGCCGUUCAUGACCCAAGCCGGAAGCGGAGUCAUCGAGUUACAUCGGUGGCAGGCUCGAAGGGAGAUCUUGCAAGGCACUUACUUGAGUACAUCAGAUCCAUGCCUGACAGAAACUGAAGGAGUUGACUUGCAAGAGCGCCAGUCUAGCAGCCAGCUCUGUGCAGGGCCGGCCUGUUGGCGCGACAUUUUUUCCAAGGUGUAUCUUCAUGAUUCUUCACGUUUUGAGAGAAAACAUCAGAGCCAGCAUGUUUUGGCCUGAGGGCUGUUUGGUCGUUGGGCGGCGUUGGCCUGAGGCCUGAGGGCUCUCCCAGCUCGCUGCGCUUGAUAUGUGCCACGAAGUGUGGGACGAAGCGUAUACAGCUCGAUACAUCACAGCCGGUUUUGCAAAAUGAGGGCUGGUGCAGAAACAAGCAGUGGGAAGGUCUCGUGUUCUUGGAGAUCGCGGCGCACAGCUCUUUCGAUCCAUAGUGCCGAAGUCUGACAUGCAGAGCAAGACCGAAGAAGGCAAGCAAGUUCUGCAAGCGCCUGUUGGAUACCGCCGGGCUCCUGAGAAGACUGCCUGCGCAAGCUGCGGGAAAAUGACUCCCAGUGCAUAUCCCAAGUGCGCUUGGUGUGGCGAUGGCAACCAGAAUCACUGCAGUGUUGCUGAGGCUGUGAGUCGUGGAGCGAAGCACAGCGGCUACACACGUGAGCAGCCUCCAAUAGCAGAUGUGAAAGGUGCGUUGCUGACAGUCCAAGGCGCAACCAAGGCUCAUCUGGCUCGUUGGUCGGGGGACUUGAUGAAGCAGAUGAGGAAGAGGAAACUCUGCGAAGAGGACGCGCAGCCAGGUGAUGCAGCUCAAUCUGCACCUAAGCAGGCAAAGGCGGAGGCGUGUGCAGCAGAAGCAGAGCCAGAGGAAGAGGAUGACGCUUGCGACAGUGAGACUGAGUGGGAUUUGUUCACGGUAGAAGGCUGCGUGGGGUAUAUGACGUGCAGCUUUGCAAAGAAGCAUCAUCCAGAGGUAUCCACCCUGGCAUAUUACUUUGUCCGACAGACCUUGAAGCCACAAUGUACAAAGUCGAAGCCUUUGCACAAUGUGUUCAACAUGGAAGUGGCUAAGUCAGGCAGAGAAGCUUGGCGCUCGAGCACGUCGGCCAACAGAAGCCACAUGUUCUCUAAAGCACCAAAGCCGAAGAAGUGAGGGGG